GCUGAAAAAGCUUCAAUAAUAAAAUCAAAGAAGGAAAACCAUGAACAGUCAGCAGAUCAGGACCAGAGUUACAGCCCAGAGCUGAGAUUACAGGAUCAAAAGGAAAGUGAAAGUGACCUAAGUGAGAAUUUGGAGUAUACACCAACUGAAGGUGCAUUGGACCUAAAAAAAGACAUGAGUAAGCCUCAAGAGAAAAAACUCCCAGAGAACAUUGAUUUCCUUGCUCCUGAUGUUAGUUCCCUUGUACAUUCUAACCAGCAAGAAAGCAUCAUGAAGACAGAGAAAAGCCAAGAACAGCUUAUAAAUGAUUCACUUCCUCAAUUAAAUAGGAGCAGCAAGCAUGGCCAAGACCUAAGUGAUCAGGAUAACCAAGAGCAGAAUCCAAUCAGUCCCAACAGAGAAGAGGAAGCAGGGAAAGAACAAGGUGAAGUUGGCACCCACAAUGAUAACCAGGAAAGGGAGAGAGAAGUUCCCAAGGAGCAUUCUAACAGCAAGCAGGAAGACAGUACCCAAUCUGAUGAUAUUUCGAAAGAGUCCAAUCAACCAACUCAAGUAAGCAAAACGCAGAAAGAUGAAUCCGAGCAGGGUCACCAAGAACAAGAAGAGGAUAACUCCAAUGAAGAAAUGGAAGAGUCAACUGAAGCAGAAAUCAAUAAGCACAGUCAAGAUACUGAAUGGCAGAACCAACAGGGAAAACCUGGCCUUGAAAUUAUCAGCACCCCCGAGGAGAUGGAUAAAAAGACCGUUUCUGAGACUUUGCUUGUAGGGCCUACUGAUGAUGGUGAUGAUGGCUCCAGACUCCGUGCAAGUGAUGACUACCUCCCACAAAGUGAAGCCUUCCAGGAGGAUGAAAGAGCUGCUUCCAAUUACUAUUUCAUCAAAUAUAAGGAGCAAAGAGAAAAAGCACAUGAGAAUGAGAAUGCCAAAAAAGCAGAAAGCUCACUGAAUGAAGAUGAAAGUUCGAGUGAAGGCAACAUGGGGUUGUACAGUGUUGAUUCUUGCAUGAACUAUGAGUGUAAAAGAGGACACAUGUGUAAGGCUGACCAACAGGGAAAACCUCGCUGUGUCUGCCAAGAUCCAGUGACUUGUCCUCCUACAAAAUUCCUUGACCAAGUUUGUGGCACUGACAACCAGACCUAUGCUAGCUCCUGUCAUCUAUUUGCUACUAAGUGCAGACUGGAGGGGACCAAAAAGGGGCACCAGCUGCAGCUGGAUUAUUUUGGAGCCUGCAAAUCUAUUCCCACUUGUACGGACUUUGAAGUGACUCAAUUUCCUCUAAGGAUGAGAGACUGGCUCAAGAAUAUCCUCAUGCAGCUUUAUGAGUCUAACCCUGAACAUGCUGGAUAUCUAAAUGAGAAGCAGAGAAAUAAAGUCAAGAAAAUUUACCUGGAUGAAAAGAGACUCUUGGCUGGGGACCAUUCCAUUGACCUUCUCUUGAGAGAUUUUAAGAAAAACUACCACAUGUAUGUGUAUCCUGUGCACUGGCAGUUUAGUGAACUUGACAAACAUCCUAUGGACAGAGUCUUGACACAUUCAGAGCUUGCUCCUUUGCGAGCAUCGCUGGUACCCAUGGAACACUGCAUAACUCGCUUCUUUGAGGAGUGUGACCCCAACAAGGAUAAGCACAUCACCCUGAAGGAGUGGGGCCACUGCUUUGGGAUUAAAGAAGAAGACAUAGAUGAAAAUCUCCUGUUUUGAAUUAAGAUCUGAAAGAACUCAAACUUUCCAGCAUCCUCCUCUGUUCUGACCACUUCUGAAAUAUAUGCAACCAUAAUACUUGUAGAUUCGUAUUUAGCAAAAUGUUUGCAUGUCUGAGAAGACAAUGAGAGUAAUUGCUUGAUGACAGUUAUUCAUCAGGCAUUUAACAUUAACUUUGGAAAUAAAACUUUGAAGUAAAGGCAAUAUAUUGCAUGCUGUUUGUAAACAGGAGUUUAACUCAUCACUCUGCAUCCAUUUAUGAGAUACUUACUGAUUAUAAAAGUUGA